AUGGAAUGCACCUCUGGACCAGAAAUCGUCGAGGCAGCGAAAUCUCAUGAUGCUCAUAGACAACUGCAAAAACCAGAUUGGAAUGAGAAGAGUGCCGCCGCGACGAUGAUGACGGAAAAGCGAGAUCGUGGCAGCUUCGCGACGCUGACCCCAGCUGGAUCCGAGCGAGGAAGCAACACCGACCUCCACAUGGAUGGCGAGUCCAUCAUGCUCAAGCAGCUCGACGCGACGUAUUCCACGACAACAUAUGAUCAGGCGGAAAAUGGCUUGCUGUAUAGAGAAGGCCAGCUCGUCCUCCAGCCAGCGCCUUCGGCCGAUCCGCGAGACCCGCUCAACUUGUCGUUCAGAAGGAAAGUGAUCGCAUGUCUCUGUCUUUGCCUGUACGGCAGUUUCGCCUCCGCAGCAGAACUCAUCUUGGGUGCUAUGCUUCCCGUGUUUGCGCUGGAGUACGCCGGAAUAAAUCCCAAGUUGCUGUUACCUCUGACCAAGAGUGGAUUGCCUCCUGGAGAUCCGCUCAAGACUCUUUCAGGUGAGCAUCGAUGCUGGAGGACUUGGCUCAAUGUCUCGCUAAUGUUUUUGUCCUGCAGAGUUGCCUAACUCUCCACCAAUCUGGCACGUCUACUUGCUCGCCAGUCUCCCGGUGCUCAUGAUAGGCCUGAGCAACUUGGCCUUGAUCCCUCUGGCAAUCAGCAUCGGACGUCGACCUGUGAUUCUGAUCUGCGGAGUCAUCGCCCUCGUUGGAAUGAUUUGGGCAGGGCAUUCCCAAUCCCUCGGGAGCCAUAUCGCAGCCCGUGCGGUCCAAGCCAUCGGCGCAGGUACCAUUGAAUCGUUGAUUCCUUUCAUUAUACAGGACAUAGUCUUCGUUCAUCAGAGGAAUACUUGGAUCUCGAUGUUGUUUGCCUUGCAGGGCGGCAUCAUCAUCGCUCUGGGCAUCGCCUCUCCGUACAUCAUCAUCUAUCUCUCGUGGAGAUGGAUCUACUACAUCUGCGCGAUCACUGCUGCAGUCUUUCUCGUUGGCACUGCCAUAUUCCUUCCAGAGACCCGCUGGGAUAGGACAAAGGCCGAAAUGAGUAUAUCUCCUCAUAAAUGGCUGUGCGUGAGAACAUCAGCUAACUCCUAUUACCACAGACGGCGUUGCGAAGACCGGAGACCGUGCUGUGUACCAGCCUCGAACAUGGGCGUAUGACCUGGCCUUUUUCCAAGGAGGCCUGAGAUGGCGAGAGGGCUGGAACGCGUUUGUCGACACGCUGAGGACUUUCUUCUACCCGCAGAUGUUCUUCAUCACCAUGUUGAAUUCUGCUAUGAUAGCCUGUACAUUUGCCGCAGGCUACACCAUUUCGCCUGCUUUGCUGACUCAGCCAUGGAGCUGGCCCUUUUUGCACUUGGGCUUGUGUCUUCUGCCUCUGCUCGUGGCCGCCAUAUGCACUGGUGGAUUGACCGGCUACUUGGGCGACUUCAUCGCAAAUCUGGUGGCGCGUAAGAGGGGGAAGCGAGUGCCCGAGAACCAACUUCUGAACUUGAUUUUGCCAACCUUAUGCGCUGUCCUCGGAAGCGUGAUAUUUGGCCUCGCUGGAUCGCACCAAGAAGAUUAUCAUUGGAUGGUCUUUCUCACAGGUUUCGGACUGAUGGCGUUUGGAUUUCUCGGCGCGAACACGGUAAGCAUGCCUGCUCCGAAGCCGUGUCAUGUUGCGAACUUGGCUGAUCAUGUCUCAGGUCGGAGCGGUCUAUGUCUUAGAAUGUAAGUGUUGCGGAAGGCGCCUUCCAUUUCCAGACACUCGCUGACUUUCCUUCCCUAGGCUAUCCUCACCUCGCUGGCCCAGCGCUUGUGAACAUCGCAUCUUUCAGGUGUUUGAUAGCGUUUGUGCUGUCAUUCAAGGUCUCUGAAUGGGUCGCUGACCUCGGCUAUUUCCAUUCAAUGCUCAUUUACACUGGCUUGAUGGCCUUCUUCGCAGCUCUCAUACCGGUGGUGUGGUAUUUUGGAGCAAGUUGGAGGAGGCGUUGGCCAGCGGAUUCUUUCAGGCGUUGA